AUGGAAAACAGUACUCCGAGUCAAUACAUAAGUAGUAUAUUACGCAAGAAUGUUGUUGUGAAGCUAUACAACGGAUGCGACUACAAAGGGAUAUUGGCCGGGUUAGAUGAGAGAAUGAACCUGGCAAUGGAGGAUACAGCUGAAUAUCUGGACGGGAAGCACGUGAAGACGUACGGGGACGCCUUCAUAAGAGGAAACAACGUCUAUUACAUCAGCCACGAUCGCAAGCCACAAGAGUAA